UAUGGAAACAAGCUGGAGAAAGAUUUGCGGAAGAGGAGCGAUGGACAUCGUGUGAGCUCCAGAUUUGUGCUGUUGACAACAGUGCAAAAGCUUGUGUGGGGUUGAGAGUACUCAGCGGAUGGUGCAGUUUAUACGACUCCGCGUCACCUCUCUGAACUUCUAGACGUCACCUGACUGCACACAUGUCUGCCACACACUGUUCUGUGAAGCAGGGGACAUCACUGGGCUAAGACUAUGGGAGCAACACCAUCAAAGAAGCGUAAAGAGCGAAAGAGGUUAAAAGAGACAGAAGAAGUGUUAGCUGCAGUUGCUAAUCUGAAAGAAGUCUACACAAAAUCAGCCCUUCAUCCGUACCGCAAGUCCCAGCUUCUAGAUGUAGACCAGGACCUAACUUCUCUGUCACCAGGAUAUCUCAAUCACCCAUGUGGUAAAGACUUGCAUAACACUGACCCCUGGUGGCGGAAGUCCUCUUCAACAGGGGAGGUAAACUUGUUGGCAGUUCCCCCUAGUGGGCGCGUCAAUUUUGACCAUGGCUCUAACCAAACUCUUGCCUAUCAGGCAGCACAUGUUGAUGAACAUCCAGUGCUGAGCACUUUACAAAAUAGACAAAAUGCUCGGUUGGAAAAUAUGGAAUACAGAAUGUGUGAAAUCCGGCGUCAUGCCAUGGAAGUGGCUGCAGCGCAAAAGAGGUGCGCUCGCAGUCGGCCGAUUCAUGAACGGUGGUCAGCAGUAGGCCAGGUAACAGACAUGACAUGUCCAAAGGCAGCAAACCCUGUGACAGAGAGACUUACAAAUACAACCGGUGCUGACAUGGAAGAGGAGUACACAGGGGAGAUAAUCCCGGUGCGAGUUCUCACCUCUCAGGAAAGCAGGCUUGCACAGAUGAGACAGCGGCAGUCAAGUCGAGAGAAAUCUCCCUCUGAUCCAUUGUCGCUGGAUUUACUUUGGAAGGGGAGCCCUCUUCUGGUUGCCUUACUACCCAUAAUCCUCCCUGUUUUGUUACUCUCAGUCAUCAUGAAGUCUAUUAGCAUGUCAUACCAGGAUAAAAAGAAACGUUAACGAGGACAAUCUCUACUGCUGCUGCUCUUCAGAGGGAGACCUGUACUAGUCUCAUCAUUGUCACAUAUUAUCGACAAUCAUCCUGAUUGUCUGUUUUGCAUUAUUUUUUUUCGACUAGAAGGAGAACUUGAUGUAGAGAAAUUAAUGAAAGCUAAUACAUGGAAUGUUGAUGUGUUCCUUUUGGUGUUGUAGUUAGUCACAUUUUCCUCUGUUCAACAUGCACAACACUGAAAGGCCCAAUUGUGUUAGAUGAGUUAUGUUUCGAAACUGUACACAUUACAUCACUUUGCAAAGAUGAUACAUGGAUAUGUAAGUGAUCGUGAGAAAGCGUGGAAGUACAUCAUAUGUUUUACUUUGGACAUCAUGUACAACAAAGAAUGUAUUGGAGAAAGGUUUAUGUAAACCUGAAGUUAUUUGAACAUUUAUUUGAAGUGAUGAAGAUAACAGCAGUUAAACUUUACAAUACCUCCCGAGCUAUCUUACGUUAAGUGCGGUGGUUGAUUUCUCUUUUUUUUUUUUCUACAGUAACUGUGAGGUGUAAAUUACAAAUAAUCAACCUAACCCUUCCUUAAUUUUAUUUGGUCAUCAUAGCUGGAAUUUUGCUGAAUAAGGAUAGUCUGGUGUCCUUGAAAGUCAGGACUGUUAGUGUGAAGGAGGAGUAAUUUGUUAUCGGGUAUUGUUACAGGAAUCGUGUCCCAAUUUCCUAAAUUUACAAAACGUGAUUACCCUAAUUUCUCAACCUUUUCACAAAUGAAAGAGCAACUUUCAGUGCAAUUUAUGCACAUAUAUAAUUAGAUUUCGGAGGCAAACCUACAUUGGUUGGAUUGUCCAUUUGCAGGCUUUUACAAAAAGUAUAAUUUGAUCAUUCUGCACAGGAAAAUGCAUUUAGAAUAUGUUUGAAUAAAUAUCUUGCAAUCAAGCGGAAAGGUUGAAAAGAAUUACAGUAAGACAAGACUCGCCAGUAGAAUUUGUAAUUUUCAUCUUUUUGUGAGCCAAGCAUCUGACACAUUUGUCCAAGGGGGAUUUUGACAUUUAUACAUGGAUGUUGCUCCUAAUUUGCUGAAGAUAAGAGUACCAUUGUUCAAGAUUUAAACCGCUGGCAACUAAUAUCCCCUUGCCUUCACAUGCUGCCAUUGUCGUAACAGAAUGGUGACUAAAAACAAAAUAAGCAGUUAAGACAACAGCUCACAUAAACUUGUGCAAAAGCCAGUUUAUUUGAAGGGGAGUUUAUCAAAAAGGAGACCACCAGUGUUUCGUCUGACUGAGUGCAUUUAACCUUCUGCGUCAUGGAAUCCCUUAAAAUUUUCUUACAUGGAAAUGUACCCUUUUUUAAGGCAAAGAAAACAUAAAAAUUAAAUAAGCCUCAGUAGAAAGACCAUUGAUAACUGUAAGUGAAAAUAGGUUGUUUUUUUUUGUUAUUUAAUUGAAUGCUGUGAUGCCUACUUCAUUUUUAGCUAAUGUCAUAGCCCAAGCGUUGGUCUCUAAUAACUCCUAAAGCAAUGUUAAGGGUUGUUAAUAAUUACCCCAUGUGGUGCAAUCAUGUACAGCACAACAACGCAAGGGAAAUGUUCCAUUUUUGAUGACGUGUGUGUAUAUUAAUUACCCUGAAUUACAAAAAUGUCUUUCCUAUAUUAGAAUCAUAUUUCUGGAUAGAUGCUGAGCUCUUUCAUAUUUUACUCUCAUGCAGUGAUGCUUUAGUUGUUUUUCUGACUAACAUCCUGUUAUCACAACUGAGGCCCUGUAGAUUAAAUCAGGAUGAACGCUGUAAAGACUACACACCUUACUCCAGAUUCACAGGUGAAGGGAGAGAUGUGUUCCAGGGUCCAUAUGGUGACUUGAAAACCUUGAAAAGCCUGGAAUUUGAAAGUAACUUUUCCAGGCCUCAAAAAGCCUGGAAAAUUCAGGUUGGUGUUUGGCCUGGCAAAGCAUUAUUAAUUGUAUGCUGUCAUUCUCUUGAAGAAAUCUGUUUUGCAACAUUUUUCAAAUUGCUUAGUACACUGUUUUGUAUAAGUGAAAAGACAGUAUUACAUUGCUCUAAUCAUGUAUAAAUGUAGAAUAUUGACUCCAAGUAGUCUGAAAAAUGCGAAGUUGGGCCUGGAAAAGCCUUGAAAAAGUGUGGAAAUUUGAAUUUUUUGAAGUGUGUAAACCCUGAUGUUCUUGCGGGUUUAUUUCAAGCUGGAUGGAAGAGUGUUGUUACAAAUGGUAGCCGUCUGUUGUAAUGUAAUUUUUGAAGUGAGUAUCUUGUGAUUCUUCAGAACAAAAACUGAUGUCAGAGUACAGGAAUAUGGACAUGUUUCCCUCUGUCCUUACUGUAUAGGUCCCUGGGUAGAUUAUGAGGGCGCCAGGGUGGCAUGUGGAUUUAGGGAGAUGUCAACUCAGCACACAAGCUUCUCUUCACGAGUGUUAACCAGAGUUUUCUAAACUCUUCAACAAAAAUAUCCUGUAAUCAGAUUUGGAAGCUUUAAUAAUGCAUUAUGAUUGUAUUAAGUAUUUAUAUGUAUUUUAAAAGUGCAAUAUAUUUGUAAUAUCAACAUUAUUUUGAAGAAUAGAUUGCGUUAUUUACACAUAGAAUCAAAACCAGCCCUUGACUGCUAAAACAUAUAUGGCUGAAAAUUUAUGUUUGGUAAACUAGACAGACCACUGUCUUUCCGAAUCAGUUUACAAACUAAAACUCUGUCUUGAAAAUAUGUCUUUGUGACACUUUAACUUUCAGAGUGAUCUUUAGCCAUUUUCAGAUGUCACAUCUGACCUCGGCUCGCUCUUUAAACCUCGUCAUUUAAAUGGGAGAGUGACCUCAAGGGAGGUAACUCAGUACAAUCCUAUUUAUUUUAUCUGUUAAAACGCAAAUAUCAGUAAUGCUACAUGUAUUUCCCAACAGUUUUCAGUGACAUGUGUUUAAUUAUCACUUAAGUUUGUGAUGUUUCUGACAGCACCAGUAUAUGCUGUAUAAUUUUCUGUAAUGAGAUUUUUUGAAAAUGUCCUGGAAAGCCAAAGCUACAGGUCAUUCAUUGAUCUUUACAAGUAUUUUGACACAUACAUGGCUUGCACAUGAUGUGUUGACAUUAAAUAGUAUUGGGCAGACAAGCCGUCUUCCAAAUACUAAGAACUUUAAGUAUUUAAAUCAAAAAGUUUUUAAAUUUUUUUCUUUGUUUACACCUAAAAUUUUUGAUGAAGACUAAAUUAAAUAUGCUCUAACUGUAACCUA